CUUUGUUUGUGUUGCGACGCGUUCCAUGCUUCUCUUUCCCCCCGUCUAUAAGUUUUCCUCCUACUCGCUUCCUUCUCAAUCUCUAGAACCCAUUUUCAACAAUAUUUUCUGAAUACUGUUUCGAUUUGAUUCCUGCGUUUGUGUUGUUUGCCCGAUUUUCUUGGUAUUUUUCAGAUUCAAUAAAAUUUUGAUUCUGUCAUCAACUGCUUAAUCAAGCUGUGAAGGAUGUUGGGUUUGAAGAAGUCUCCAUUAAAAGGUGUCAAGCACAAUUUGGUUGCCCCUGGACAUGUUCCUUCUCGGUCCAACCCUUUUGAUUCUGAUGAUGAGUUGGACAACAAGCAAGCUCUUAAGCCCUCAAGAUCUGAACCCACUCUGAAUGCUGCAAAAUUUGGAGCUAAUCCUUUUAAUGAUGAUGCUGAAGUAAAAGUGAACUCAUCUUCUUCGUAUUUGCUAACUUCAGCUGCUCGGAACAGGUAUAAGAAUGAUUUCCGUGACUCAGGAGGAAUAGAGAACCAACAAGUACAAGAAUUAGAGAACUAUGCUGUUUACAAGGCUGAGGAGACAACAAAUUCUGUCCAUAACUGCCUGAAGAUUGCAGAAGAAAUAAGAGAGGAUGCCACAAAAACUUUGAUCACUUUACAUCAGCAGGGUGAGCAAAUUACCAGGACCCAUGAAACUGCUGCUGGCAUUGAUCAUGACCUAAGUCGGGGUGAGAAGCUUUUGGGAAGCCUUGGGGGCAUCUUCUCUAAGACUUGGAAACCAAAGAAGACUCGUGAAGUCACAGGUCCAGUUAUAACAAGAGAUGAUUCACCUAAGAGAAGGGGUAACCACUUGGAACAGAGGGAGAAGUUGGGACUGAAUCCUGUACCCAGAGGACAGUCAAAAUCUCGGGCACCACUGCCUGAACCCACAGAUGCAUUUCAAAAAGUUGAGGUUGAAAAAGCGAAGCAGGACGAUGCCCUCACUGAUCUGAGUGGUCUACUGGGAGAGCUGAAGAAUAUGGCUGUUGACAUGGGGUCUGAAAUUGAGAGGCAAAACAAAGGUUUGGAUCAUCUUCAAGACGAUGUGGAUGAGCUGAACUUCCGCGUGAAAGGUGCCAAUCAACGUGCUCGACGUUUACUUGGAAAGUAGAAUUAAAGCUUCCAUUUGAAACCGGCUUCUCUUCCCCUGAUUGCCAUACCAGCAAUUCCUCGUUUUCUUGUUCUAUGUUCUCGUUAUGACUCCCUUUUCUUUUCAUGUAUAUGAGUCAGAAUUGAGACGAUGUUGCAAUGUUUUCUCCUUCUCUUUUGAACAGCCAUGGAGUUAGCUUACAGCUGAAUAACAUUUCCAUUCCUUAAUUCGUUCUUUUUUCCAUAUUCUUAAAUAAACGGACCUUUCUUGC